AUGAGAAACCUGAACUAUGAGCAUGGCACACACCUAUGGCCUCCCAUUGACUAUGCUGCAAUAUGCAAGUAUUUUUUGGAAAGGCCUUGCCAUGAUGGCGGCACUGCCAAGGCAUUUCGGGCUCUUGAUGCAUACCAGUAUGUGAAGUCAGGCAAAGUUAAUGAUAUAAAGACUGCAACACCGAGACAAGGAUUGCGGGUUCUCAAAGGCUACGUGAGCCCUUCACAGAGGAAUGGACCAGUAUAUGAGUGCUGGAUUUUGGUCACUGAAGAUGGAGAAAUAAAAGAUGCAAGGUGUUCAUGUAUGGCAGGUCUGGGACGAGUCUGCAGCCACAGUGCUGCUGUAUGCUUCGCCGUCGACUUCUGGACCCAGGUCAACACUCAUCAACCAGAUCCUCAUCAGCUAGCUCCGACAGACUUGCCAUGCCAGUGGGUGCAGCCUCGUCUGAAAAAGGUAAUACGCAAGCCAGGCUCUGAUAUCACAGUGGCGCCACAAAAAGUGCACAAGCCAGGCUUGCUUGUGCAGAUGUGAAAUUAUACAUGGUCAUU